AUGGUUCAUAAGCAUGCAUUUGAAGCAUUGGAUAGAAGUAUGAAUGAUAUUUUCAAUAGUCGACGCAUUAAUGACUCGCAGAUGCUUUUUGGUGGCAAGGUAAUUGUUUUUGGAGGAUAUUUCAGACAAAUUAUGCCAGUUAUUCCCAACACAAGUAGACAAGACAUUGUUAAUGUGUUGUUAAGUUCAUCUUACAUUUGGGAAAAAUGCAAAGUCCUAAAGUUAACUAAGAACACGAGGCUAACUGCAAACAGUGAAUGUUCUGAAAUUGAACAAACAAGGGUUUUUGCAAACUGGAUUUUGGACUUAGAAGAAGACAAAGUUGGAGGUGAUAAUGAUGGUGAGACAGUUAUUGAGAUACCUCAUGAUCUUCUCAUUACUGAUUCAAUGGAUCCUAUAUCUGCAUUAAUACAAUUUGUAUAUCCCUCAAUUCUUGAAAACAUCAACAAUUCAUCUUAUUUUCAAGAAAGGGCAAUACUUGCACCAAAACAUGAAGUCGUUCAAGAAAUAAAUGAUUGUAUGCUAUCAUUGUUCAUAGGAGACGAAAUAGAGUACUUAAGUUCAGAUAUGCUAUGUGAAUCAGAGCAACUUCACGAUCAGUUUGAUAAAACUUUGUACUCUACCGAUGUCUUAAAUGGUCUUAAAUUAUCAGGUAUACCAAACCAUAAGAUAUUACUAAAAGUUGGUGUUCCUAUCAUGUUACUAAGGAAUAUUGAUAAGAAACCCGGAUUAUGUAAUGGAACUAGAGUACGAGUGUUAUCAUUGGGAAAUCGGGUGAUAGAAGCACAUAUUAUAUCUGAAAGCAAUAUUGGAAGCCGGACAUUUAUUCCAAGAAUGUCUUUGACACCUACAGACAAAAUGAUUUCAUUCAAAUUUCGAAGUAGACAGUUUCCAGUUGCUGUAUGUUUUGCCAUGACCAUAAAUAAAAGCCAAGGACAAUCAUUAUCAAAAAUUAGUUUAUUUCUAAGACAACCGGUCUUCACUCAUGGUCAGUUAUAUGUUGCUUUAUCUAAAGUUAAAAGCAAACAAUGUUUGAAAGUAUUAAUUAUAGAUGAUGAUGAUAUUAUUGGCAAUAAAAUAAAUAAUGUUGUAUAUUAG